AUGUCUACCUUUACUCACCUCAUCCGCUUCCUGGCCAAGGAUGGCCAAAUCUACUACGGCGAUGCUAUCCUCCCAUCCGGAGUGAGCGAUAUCGCCAAAGCCACCAAGGCCAGAGUCAUCCAGGGCGACAUCUUUGGCCAGUACCGGAUCACCGACCAGGUGGCAGAGGUGCGCAUGCCCCUCGCACCCCUGGCCCGUAAGGAUAUCGGCACAGUCCGAUGCCUGGGUCUCAACUAUGAGCAGCACGCCAAGGAGGCGAACAUGCCUAUCCCCAAGUAUCCAGUGCUGUUCUACAAGCCCGUUACUUCGGUUUCCGGGCCCGUAGACGAUAUCCCCGUGCCCCAGCUGGCCCAGGAGGGCGAGGGCCUGGAUUACGAGUGUGAACUGGUCGUCGUUAUCGGCAAAGAGGCUAAUAAUGUCUCCGAGAGCAAGGCCCUAGACUACGUCUUGGGAUAUGCUGUCGGUAACGAUGUCUCCCACCGCGAUUGGCAGAUCAAGCGGGGUGGUGGCCAGUGGGGACUGGGUAAGGGCUUCGAUGGCUGGGCUCCGUUUGGUCCUGGCAUCGUUUCUUCCAGUCUGAUUGCCGAUCCGAACAACUUGGCUAUCUCGACCAAGUUGAAUGGAAAGACUGUCCAGUCUUCCUCCACUAAGGAUAUGAUCUUCGGCGUCGCUAAGACGAUAGCUUUCCUGUCUCAGGGAACUACACUCUUGCCUGGAGAUCUCAUCUUCACUGGAACACCCCAAGGCGUGGGCAUGGGUCGCAAGCCUGCUUUGUGGCUGAAGGACGGCGAUAAUGUCGAGGUUUCGCUGGAGGGCGUCGGAUCCUGUGUCAACCGCGUGGUCUUUGACAAGCCUAAGGCCAAGCUCUAA